CCUCAUUCCAUCUGCCUCAUCUCUCUCACACCAUCUCCCCAAAAUCCCCAAAAUGAGAGGAAAUCCCUAACUCUCUUUUCUUUCUUCCGCCGACGCACCACCACCGUCUCCGUUCUCCCCCCCUAUUCUCAGACCUGCAUUUAAUCGGUCUCCCCCAUCUCCUCAGUUUGAAAUUUCACACAGGAGAAAUCCCCAAAUUAAAUCCCUUGCGAGUGACGCAGCACCGCUGCCUUCGCCUCCCUCUCACUCCCUUCCAUUCAAGCACGCCGACGCACCACCGCGGCUCUAAUCGCGACACUGUCUUACUGCUGUGCUCGGGUUCGAACAGCCACCGGUCUCAGGGAGGGAGAGCGCUGCUGCCUCUUCGCCGCUUCGCUGGAUUCACGUCGCAGUUAGCCGCCUCCAUCUUUCCGGAGUCGCCGCAGUCUACACCCAGCCGUUCGCAGCUCACCACCAACGCUGUUCGGGGUCCAGACCCGCCGUCGUAGCCAACACCCGUACCCCGUCGUGCCAAGUUGCUGUCCGGCAGAAGCUCGAUUCACCCGAAACAUUUGAAACAGCUCCGAAACAACCCACAAGGACAUGCUUGAUGUUUGGAGUGAAAGGGAAUGGAGAAAACGUUACCGUGCUCGAAUUGGUUGAUGGAGGAGGGGAAUAAGUUGGAAUUCUCAGUCACUGCCAAAAGGAAUUUUUUGAACUUAAUUUCACAGUUGAGGGUUUGGGACUAGGGAAAUAUGUCUGACGUUUUUGACGAUGAAGUUGAUGCUGAGCCCACGAUUUCAAUUGGGGAUUACCUGAAAUCUGUCGAAGAAGAGGAGUUGGAAGCAGAUUUAAUUCUGGGAGGUGAUGAGGGCAAGGAGUGUACCUACGGAAAAGGGUAUGUUAAAAGACAGGCAAUUUUCUCAUGUUUGACCUGCACACCUGAUGGGAAUGCUGGGGUCUGCACAGCAUGUUCUUUGGUUUGCCAUGAUGGCCAUGAGAUACUGGAACUAUGGACCAAAAGAAAUUUCAGAUGUGAUUGUGGAAAUUCAAAAUUCGGUGAGGUUUACUGCAAGCUUUUAGCCAGCAAAGAUGUGGAGAAUACAGAGAACAUGUACAACCACAAUUUCAAAGGUACUUACUGCACAUGUGAUCUGCCUUACCCCGAUCCUAAUGUUGAAGAACAAGUUGAGAUGAUUCAGUGUUGUAUUUGUGAGGACUGGUUUCAUGAGGAGCAUAUCGGUCUUCAGUCUGGUGACAAGAUCCCUAGAGACGAGGAAGGCGAGCCACUUUAUGAGGAUUUCAUCUGCCAAGGGUGUUCAGUCAUCUGUUCUUUUCUUACUUGCUAUCCUCAAAUCAUUUCAGCACCGGAUCCUUCGGAUACUGGGAAGGAAAAGGCCGUUGAAAACACUGUUUUGAUAUCUUCAGACACACUUGAUGAUGACAGUAGCUCCACUGUCUCUUGUUUAAGCAAUACAAAAUCUCUUACUGUUCCUGGAGAAGGUGAUGCAGAAGCUGUAAUUAAAGGAUGCAGUGAAGUUGCUGGGCCGAGCACCAACUGUAUUAUUGGAGGCACAAUCGAGAAUCUCCCAGAUACUGGGAAUAGCAAACCCUUGUUUCUUUCAAAAGGUUGGAGAGAGUUUCUGUGUAGGUGUGGAAAAUGUUCGGACUUGUAUGCCCAGAGGCGAAUUAGCUUCUUGCUCGACAAAGAGGACUCGAUCGCUGAGUAUGAGAAAAUGGGAGAGCAGAAAAGGAAUGAGAAUAUUCAGAAACUAGAGGGUGCUGAGUUGAACUUUAUGAACAAUCUGGGCCAUGUUGAGAAGAUGGAAAUACUAAGCGGAAUUGCUGACAUGAAGAAUGAGAUAUUUUCUUUCCUGGAAUCGUCAGACCCCUCGAAGCCUGUCACGACUGCAGAUGUCCAGCAGCUUUUUGAGAAUCUUGCAAAGAAGAGAAAGCGUUCUAAUUAAGUUAUGAAGCAUAGUUGUGAAAACUGGCAAUUUAUAUUUAUGACUCUGUAGUUGGUGUUGGGAGCAUUGUUUUGAUAUACUAUAUUGUUUUAUGCAUCUGAAGUUCUUGACUUGGGUUGUAGAUUCUGUAUGUUAUCUUAACAGUUAAAUCAGAACCUUUUAUC